AGGAUUACUUCCGGGUGGAGGCCCCGGCGGUAUCCUGCGGUCCCUGUCCCUCCUAGGAGGCGCCUGCCCCCGGGAGCCGACCGCCCAGGGCUGGGGAACCGAGGGCCGGAGCGAGCAGAGAGGGAGGAAGGGAGCCGGUCUCUGCCGCGCCCUGGGGGCCGCCUGUCCACCGUGUGGCCUCGGCCGAACCCUGCUCGGCCUGGCCCCAGGCUGGUUCCGAGGCCCAGCUCCUGCCUCUCCCAUGGAGCCCGAGGAGGAGGAGGCCGGGAGUCGCCGAGGAGCCGCCGCCGCCGCCGCCCGGCUCUGAGCCCCGGAGUCCUGGUUCUCCCUGUAAUGAAGACCAUGGAGAAGAAGUUGAAAGUUCAUUUAGACAUUGGUCCCUGGAUUUUAUCAAGAAGUUACUGUCAAAGAUCUGCAAAGUGGUUGAAAAUCCUGCAUCUAUUUUAUGUGUGCCUUUGUCUCAGUGCUUUGUGUUCAUUAACAGAUGCCAGUGGGAAUGGGUGCCAUCUGGGGAACACUCAAUUUGGGGUCAGCUUGCGGUCUUGGGGAGAAAAUCACCUCAAACUUCUGGAGGGAGCUCAUUCUCUACAAUCAUGUUGGGCUGCCUGCUGCCAGGAUCAUAAUUGCCAUGUCUUUUGGUGGUUGGAAAAUCUGUGCAUGAAGGUGAACUGCAGUGAUCCCCAAAGCUGCCAAGUCUCCAGGACAGACACUUCUCACUCCAUAUUGGUGUAUUUACGUAAAGUGCAAACUGCAGAAAAUUUGAAUUUCCUACCUGAAACAGAUACAGUGCAUCUUCUAGGCCUGGAGUGGAGCAGAACACUACAGAGGAUCCGGAGAUCAUCCAGUUAUGAGCCACUUUUAGAGAAAUCAUCCUCUCCUAGUGGCCAGCCGAGUUCCAAAAAGAAACCUCAGCAAAGAGACCUUUCCAGGGAUGUUGGCAGUAGGUCAUUUAUAGAAACAGUACCUGAAUUCACUAGUGAGAGGGGGUCAAAUCAAACCAACCAGAAGAAUCAGAAAAUUCCAGAGACUCUUGAGACUGAAUCACACAUCCUUCCAGGCCAAGAUAACAUCUCUUCAGCAGAUAGUAUACUGCAUUCUGAAAUAAAUAACUCCAGGGCUCUAGGGAGUCCAAAUCCCAGCUCUGCGAAGGUUCACAAGGAAUUUUCUCACCUGCUGGUAACCCCUGAUCUGGUUACCUCUUCCAGUCCCUUAACCCUGAGCCUGACAGCUACAGGGAAAACAGAGAAUCUCAGUUUGCUGACCAAUACAUCUGUACAGCCUGAAAUCUCAGAGGACUCGAUUCCUACUCCUAGUUCUUUGCCAGGAAGAAUUGGAAUUAAUCACACCACUACCUCUUUACCACCAAUUCAGUCCCAUCAUGAUAACAUUCCUACUCAUCAGACUACCCCUACUUCUUUCCCAACCACUGUGGCAUCAACCCCAGGUAUAAAAGAGUUGAUAGUUUCUGCAGGUGAGAGCGUGGAGAUGACCCUGCCCAAGAAUGAAGUUCAGUUAAAUGCAUAUGUCAUCCCAGCACCACAAGAAGGCAAAAUCUACUCCUACGAAUGGAAGCUGAUUACUCAUCCUACAAACUACAGUGGGGAAAUGGAAGGACAGCAUGCACAGGUCCUCAAGCUCUCCAAGCUCACACCAGGUCUCUAUGAAUUCAAAGUAGUUGUAAAUGGUCAGAAUUCUCACGGGGAGGGAUACGUGAAUGUGACAGUAAAUCCAGAACCCCAUGUGAAUCAGCCUCCUGUUGCUGUUGUGUCACCACAAUUCCAGGAGAUCUCUCUGCCAACCACUUCCACAGUUAUUGAUGGCAACCAAAGCACUGAUGAUGAUAAAAUUGUUCGAUACCACUGGGAAGAACUGAAGGGACCCCUGAGAGAAGAAAAGGUAUCUGAAGACACAGCCAUAUUAAAACUGACCAACCUGGUCCCGGGAAACUAUACCUUCAGGCUGACAGUGGUGGAUUCAUUUGGAGCCAGCAAUUCAACCACCGCCAACCUGACUGUGAACAAGGCAGUGGAUUACCCUCCUGUAGCCAAUGCAGGCCCCAACCAAGUGAUUACCCUUCCUCAGAACUCCAUCACUCUAUACGGGAAUCAGAGCACCGAUGACCAUGGCAUUGCUAGCUAUGAGUGGUCUCUCAGCCCAAACAGCAAAGGGAAAGUUGUGGACAUGCAGGGUGUGAGAACCCCAGCCCUGCAACUUUCUGCAAUGCAAGAAGGAGACUACACCUAUCAGCUCACUGUGACUGAUACAGCAGGACAUCAAGCCACCACAGAGGUCAUUGUUAUUGUCCAGCCAGAAAACAACAAGCCACCCCAGGCAGAUGCUGGCCCUGAUAAAGAACUGACCCUUCCUGUUGACAGCACAACUCUAGACGGUAGCAAAAGCCUGGACGACCAGAAAAUUAUCUCAUACCUCUGGGAAAAAACACAGGGCCCUGAUGGUGUGCGACUCGAAAAUGCCAACAAUUCCAUAGCAACUGUAACUGGCCUCCAGGUGGGAACCUAUAUAUUCACCCUGACUGUCAAAGAUGAAAGGAACCUGCAGAGUCAAAGCUCCGUCAGUGUCAUUGUCAAAGAAGAAAUGAACAAGCCACCUGUGGCCAAAAUAGUUGGGAAUGUGGUAAUAACUCUGCCCACCAAUACAGCUGAACUAGAUGGAUCCAAGUCUUCUGAUGACAAGGGCAUAGUCACUUACCUCUGGACUAGGGAUGAAGGAAGCCCAGCAGCAGGGGAAAUAUUGAAUCAUUCUGACCAUCACCCCAUUCUAUUCCUCUCCAACCUGGUGGAAGGAACUUACACAUUUCACUUGAGAGUGACUGAUGCAAAGGGUGAGAGUGACACAGAUCGGGCCACUGUGGAUGUGAAGCCUGACCCCAGGAAGAAUAAUCUGGUGGAGAUGAUCCUGGACGUCAAUGUCAGCCAGCUGACUGAGAGGCAGAAGGGGAUGUUCAUUCGGCAGAUUGGUGUCCUCCUGGGGGUGCUGGAUUCCGACAUCACGGUGCAGAAGAUCCAGCCCUACACAGAGCAGAGCACAAAGAUGGUGUUUUUUGUGCAGAAUGAGCCUCCACACCAGAUCUUUAAAGGCCAUGAUGUUGCAGCGAUGCUUAAGAGUGAGCUGAGGAAGCAGCAGACAGACUUCCUAAUCUUUCGAGCCCUGGAAAUCAAUACAGUCACAUGUCAGCUGAACUGCUCUGAUCAUGGCCGCUGUGACUCUUUCACCAAGCGCUGCAUCUGUGAUCCUUUCUGGAUGGAGAACUUCAUUAAAGUGCAACUGAAAGAUGGAGAGAGCAACUGUGAAUGGAGCGUCCUCUAUGUCAUCAUUGCCUCGUUUGUCAUUAUUGUUGCAUUGGGGAUCCUGUCCUGGACUGUGGUCUGCUGCUGUAAGAGGAGAAAAGGGAAACCCAAGAGGAAAAGCAAGUACAAGAUCUUGGAUGCCACAGAUCAGGAAAGUCUGGAGCUAAAACCAAACCCCAGAGCAGGCAACAAGCAGAAGGUACCCAUCCUGAACAGUAGCCUGAUGCACUCUGAGUCUGAACUGGAUAGUGAUGAAGCCAUCUUCACCUGGCCAGACCGAGAGAAAGGCCGGUUACUUCGUGGUCAGAAUGGCUCUCUGCGCAAUGGACAGGCUCCACUCAAGCCCAAGACCCCCAGAGAGGAGAUCUUGUAGCCAACCCGGGCCCCUGAGAGAGACAGGAAGCAGGGGAGGCAGGGGGAAGGCAGGAAAUGUCUCUGCUUUAGGGAGGAGAGAACGAUGGAAGCUUGGGAAAUCCAAAAGUCGCCUCAGAGACAGCUCGUGAGUGUGUGAGCGAGAGAACGCACAUGUUGUUCCCUUCUUUCUCCUACAUUCCCUUCUUCCCCUCCUCCCUCCCCCAAUUCUGAAUAGAACUGGUUGUACUUGAAUCUGGACAUCUCUAAGGAACUCCCGAGGAAACUGUGAAUGAAGAGGCUCCCUCUUUGCCAGGACUUAGCACACAACCCACAGGGCCUUUCAGAACCGCUCAGCUCAGGGCCCCUUCUGGGGUGAGGCCUGGGGGGCAGGAAGUUUGCUAUUGCACUUCCCGAGGUGGUGUUUCAGGGGAGCUCCCAGCCUGCCCUGUCUCCUGGCCUUUCCCCCAACACCGCCCUUCUCCUAUCCAGAGUCUUUCCUAGAGCCUGGGCUGGCAGGCCACCAGGAAAAGUUGCGCAGCAGCGCCCUUCCUCUGCCCCUGCCCCUCCACAGGGAACUGCGGCUUCCUGAUGCCCUGGACAGCUUGGAAAAUGACUCUUUGGUGUUUAAAUUAUUUGUCCUUUCACUGAAAUGAAAAGAACUGAGCCUCCUCCUCAGGCACUGAUGAAGCAAGGCUGUGGGCGGAGGAAGCUCUGGUCCUUGGAUGGGCUGGGGAACCCACAUGGGAACCAGACUCACACCCCCGGCGCUCCCUCUGUCCCCCACCACCCAUUGUGUCAGAUGGGAGCGCUCACUGUCCACCAGCAUCCCGUUACAGGAGCACAGAGAGCUCUGUGUCCCCCGCUUCUACCCACUUCAGUCUUUGUCUCCAGUUGUGCACCAGGGAAGAGGAGGAGAAGGCCGCCCAAAGGACAGGGCUGAGCCCAUGCAUUUCAGGGCAACGGCCUCCCUGACACUUCUUUAGUUCUGUACCUGGGCUGCUCUUAGAGCAAGCAUUCGGUGGGCUCUUAAGUGGUGGUGAAUUCCCCUGAGUCCCGGCCAUCUGUGCCCCACGUGCCCCCUGGUUCUAGCUUAUGGCCAGCUUGCUCAGGUCCCCGAAGCCGGGCUCCCUUCCCUCCCUCCCUGUCCUGCAGGCCCAGCAUCAGAAUGAAUAAGCCCCCAAACUUAGCAGAAAUGUAGCAGUGCUGGGGGUCUGCAGGUGCACGUGUCUGUGUGCACAUCACGCCUGUGAGGAGGAGGAGGAGGACUUUCCUCAGCACUCUUCUCACUGUGGAUCACUGUGUUUAUUCUUCAUAAGACUCGCUCCUUGUCUGUUGGACCUGUUUGCACACUUCAGGGCCCAAUUCUUUGCCUGGAAACUCUCCUCAGGCAAGGAUCCUGUUGUGCAACCCUGCCUUGCUGAUGACAGCUUUGCCCUCUGUUUCUGGGUGCUGGAGGUUUUGGGGAAAACUUUUUUUUUUAAGAUAAAAGAAUUUAUACUACUGCACUACAAACUUGUUGUGAAAUGAUUAAACAUGCUAUUUAAUUUUUCUUGUA